AAAGAGAGGGAAGCAUAUGAAGUAAUAGUAGAAGGUGGGAAGCUUGCUUACAAACAAAGUGGGGUACUUUUGGAGACCAUUGAGGGUUCAAAGUGGAUAUUUGUCCUCAGCACAUCAAGAAACUUAUAUGUUGGGCAGAAGAAGAAAGGCUUAUUUCAACACUCAAGUUUUCUAGCAGGAGGUGCCACAACUGCAGCUGGGAGAUUGGUUGCCCACAAUGGCCUUCUUGAGGCUAUAUGGCCAUAUAGUGGUCAUUAUCACCCAACAGAAGAGAAUUUCAUGGAGUUCAUUAGCUUUCUUGAGGAGCACAACGUGGACUUGACUAGUGUCAAGAGAUGUGCAAUAGAUGAUGAUGACCCAUCAUUGAAAGGUAUUACAAGCGAGGAGAUGAAGUUAGAGUUCAUGACGGGGUCCAAUAAAGAGACUAUGCAAUCCACUAACAUCGAAACUACUGACGCAAGAAAGCUCACAAUGGACACCACAAUAUCUACCAUUCAACAAGAACACAAUGUUGACAUCUCUGUGGACGAUGUUAAAGUACCAGUGUUUAAGUUGGGGAAGCACCUAUCGUCUAAAUGGACUACUGGAGCUGGUCCACGUAUUGGUUGUGUAAGGGAAUACCCUCCGGAGCUUCAAUUUCAGGCACUAGAACAUGUCAAUUUAUCUCCUCGAAUCAAUCCAGGACCCUUGUCAUCGAGCACUCGACCAAUCCCUUCGCCAAGGCCUAGUCCAAAAAUACACCUCUCACCUAGUCUUUUGAACAUGGGACUCCCUAGCCCGAGGCUGCAUGUUCCUAUUGCAAACUAACAAUAAUGCUACAAGCACAUUUUUUUUUUCUCAAAAAUUGGCGACAUUGAAUUUUGUGCGCCUUAUGAAAAAAAUGAUGUACGUUUGUCGUUAUUGCUAACCUUAG